CUGAUGCACUGUUGUAGUGGGGAACAGGAAGUUCCGGUUCGAAACGACAGAACUGUGCUGUUGGGUCGAUAGUGGUUGUGUCCGUUUCAAAUGUAUCAUUGUUGACCGACUCAGAUUAAGUCUGAGGCCAGUAACAUCAACAGUGAGGACAAACCCAGCCUGCCACUCUCCUUCCACACUGAGUCCAAACCUACAGUCACUGGGUCCUGAUUGUGACAGUGGAGCCCAGUUUGCACUGCAGGAUCCAGAGAUGGCAUCAGUGAAGCUGGAAGACUGCAGUCAAACACUGGAGCUGAAUGUCAACAUUAAAGAUGAAGAAGAGGAGGAGAAGAUUAGGACAACUGUUAGUCAUGGAUACCAUGUUGAGACAUUCUCCACAUCCAGAGAGCAACAGCAGGAAGAUCAGAGAGCUAAGAGGUCUCAUCACUGCCCACAUUGUGAAGAGAUUUUCCCAUUUCUAUCAAAGCUAAAAAUACACCUAAAAAUACACACAGGAGAGAAGCCUUACUCCUGCUCUGACUGUGGAAAAUGUUUUAAAACAUUAGGUCAUAUAAAGGUUCACCAGAGAACACACACAGGAGAGAAGCCUUACGUCUGCUCUGACUGUGGAAAAUGCUUCAAAACAUCAAAUCAGCUAAAAGUUCAUCAGAGAACACACACAGGAGAGAAGCCUUUCUUCUGCUCUGACUGUGGGGCGAGUUUCUCUCAGCUGGGCACCUUAAAAACACACCAACGUAUACACACAGGAGUGAAGCCUUAUUCCUGCUCUGACUGUGGAAAAUGCUUCAAAACAUCAAAUGAGCUAAAAGUUCACCAGAGAGCUCACACAGGAGAGAAGCCUUACUUCUGCUCUGACUGUGGAAACUGUUUUCGAACAUUAUAUGAGAUAAAAGUUCACCAGAGAACACACACAGGAGAGAAGCCUUACGUCUGCUCUGACUGUGGAAAAUGCUUCAAAACAUCAAAUGAGCUAAAAGUUCAUCAGAGAACACACACAGGAGAGAAGCCUUAUUCCUGCUCUGACUGUGGAAAAUGUUUUCGAACAUUAUAUGAGAUAAAAGUUCAUCAGAGAACACACACAGGAGAGAAGCCUUACGUCUGCUCUGACUGUGGAAAAUGCUUCAAAACAUUAAAUCAGCUAAAAGUUCAUCAGAGAACACACACAGGAGAGAAGCCUUAUUCCUGCUCUGACUGUGGAAAAUGUUUUCGAACAUUAUAUGAGCUAAAAGUUCACCAGAGAACACACACAGGAGACAAGCCUUAUUCCUGCUCUGACUGUGGAAAACGUUUUAAAACAUCAAAUGAGCUAAAGGUUCAUCAGAGAACACACACAGGAGAGAAGCCUUUCUUCUGCUCUGACUGUGGGGCGAGUUUCUCUCAGCUGGGCACCUUAAAAACACACCAACGUAUACACACAGGAGCGAAGCCUUAUUCCUGCUCUGACUGUGGAAAAUGUUUUAAAACAUCAAAUGAGCUAAAAGUACAUCAGAGAACACACACAGGAGAGAAGCCUUACGUCUGCUCUGACUGUGGGAAGAGUUUCUCUCACCAGAGCAACUUAAAAACACACCAACGUAUACAUUAACUUCAUGUGGGUACCUGGGACGGUUGCGUCCCACCUGGUCAACAUCCGGUGAAAUUGCAGAGUGACCAAUUCAAAUUUAAUUACUAUAAAUAUUUACAUUUCAUGAAAUCACAAGUGUAAUACAUCAAAAUAAAGCUUAACUUCUUGUUAAUCUAGCCGCCAUGUCAGAUUUCAAAAAGGCUUUAAGGCGAAAGCCAACCAUGCCAUUAUCUGAGGACGGCACUCAACACACAAAACAUUACAUACAGUUACCAGCCAAGUAGACUAGUCACGAAAGUCAGAAAUAUGAUGAUCUUCAUAUGAUUGCACAACACUCCCAGUUACACAAUAAAUGUUCAUUUUGUUCGAUAAAGUCCCUCUUUAUAUCUUGAAACCUCCAUUUUGUUGGCACAUUUUGUUCUGUAAUCCAAUGGCUCAAAUGCGGUCACAAGAGGCAGACAAAUUCCAAAUAGUAUCCGUAAAGUUUGUAGAAACAUGUAAAACGAUGUUUAUAAUCAAUCCUCAGGUUGUUUUUAGCCUAAAUAAUCGAUAAUAUUUCAACUGGCAACAGCGUCGUCAAUAUAAAAUAAAAACAAGAAAGGUGCUCUCUGCAGGACCCAGCUCUGGGGACAUCCCACUAUCCACUGACUCAAUGUGGUCAUUCUCCCUCAUUUUUCAGAAUACAAGCCUGAAACAAUGUCUAAAGACUGUUCACAUCUAGUGUUAGCCAUAGGGAACGGAAUCUGGGUCUUAUCCCUUUAAAUGGUGGAUAGGCUUUCAUUGGAAAAACAGCCAUUUCAAAAUAAUGGCACUUCCUGGAUGAAUUUUCCUCAUGUUUUUGCCUGCCUUUUCAGUUGUUAUACUCACAGACAAUAUUUUUUACGUUUUAGAAACUUUGGAGUGUUGUCUUUCCAAUUCUACUAAUUGUAUGCAUUUCCUAGCUUCUGGUCCUGAGUAGCAGGCAGUUUACUUUGGGAACGCUUUUAAUCCGGAGGUGAAAAUAGUGACCCCUACCCUAGUGAGGUUAAGGAGAAAAGCCUCAUCGGUUCUCUGACCAGCUAAGAAUAAAGUCACUCCAUCACUUAAUUCUCAUCUCAUAAAAGAAGUUGUAAUUGGAUCAAAUGAAGAAAGCGUAGAACACUGUAAUCCUAUUGGUUCUCACUGUGAGAGAACUGUGCAGAGGAAAGGGAGCGUUAUAGAAUUUUAGCCUCUCUUUACUUUGCACCUUGUCAGUUUUGGUGUGUUUUGUUGGCUUCUACUGUAAAGAUUUGCACUUGGUGUUGAAUACCCUCUGUUAUUCUUCUCAUUUUGAAAACAAACACUAGUCUGCCAAUUGACUGGGUGGUACUGCUUCCCUCUCAGCCUGGUCUGACUCUGUCUGUAGGGAGAGUUUCAACUGGGCAGCUUAAAAACACACCAACGUUUACACGUAGGAGAGAAGCCUUACUCCUGCUCCGUGGAAGGGUGGGUGUGUAAACUCAAACGUCAUGCCAAAGGUUGAGUGUUUGAAUCUCAUCAUGGAGGCAUUUUAGCUAAUUGCCAACUUGGCAACUACUUACUACUUUUUAGCUAUUACUUAGCAUGUUAGCUACCCUUUCUCCUAAACCCAUUUAACUCUAUUUAAACCCCUCACCCCUAACCAAGCUAACGUCAGCAACAACAAAUUGGAAUUGGUAACAUAUCUUACAUAUUACAAGUUCGUAACAUAUUGUAUGAAUAGCAAUGCGUAAAAUAACAUAUGAAUUGUAAUUCACAUACGAUACGUCCUCCAAGUCGUAUUAUACUGAACAACAAUCUAAACGUAACAAUUUCAAAGAUUUACAGUUUGUAUAAGGAAAUCAGUCAAUUGAAAUAAAUGAGGCCCUAAUCUAUGUUAGGUUACAUUACAUUGGACCUCCAAUAUAAACUAAACAUGUAAAGUGUUGGUUUCAUGAGCUGAAAUAAAAAGAUCCAGCACAAAAAGCUAAUGUCUCUCAAAUGUUGUGCACAACUUUGUUUAUAUAUACUGUUAGUGAGCAUUUCAGCCUUUGUCAAGAUAAUCCAUCCACCUGACAGGUGUGGCAUAUCAAGAUGCUGAUAAAACAGCAUGGUCAUUACACAGGUGCACCUUGUGCUGGGGGACAAUAAAAGGCCACACAACACAAUAUCACAGAUGUCUCAAGUUAAGGGAAUGUGCAAUUCUCAUGAUGACUGCAGGAAUGUCCACCAGAGCUGUUGCCAGAGAACUCAAUAUUUAUAUCUCUACCAUUAGCCACCUCUAACGUCCUUUUAGAGAAUUUGGCAGGACAUCCAACCGGCCUCACAACUGCAGAUCACAUGUAACCACGGCAGCCCAGGACCUCUUCACCUGCAGGAUUGUCUGAGGUGGUGGGGAGGAGGGGCUGAGUAGUAUUUCUAUCUGUAAUCAAGACCUUUUGAGGGGAAAAACUCAUUCUGAUUGGCCGGGGCUGGCUCCCAAGUGGGCCUAUGCCCUCCCAAGUCCCACCCAUGGCUGAGCCCAUGCCCAGUCAUGUGAAAUCCAUACUAAAUGGAGUGGCACGGAUGUUUUUGUAAUAUAUAAUAUGUUUUGCUCUGAGACCAGGUUGUCCCUCUACAGUAUUCUGUGGGAAGGAGCAAGUGUACACUUUUUUUAUUGAACCUCUAUUGAACUAGGCAAGUCAGUUAAGAACAAAUUCUUAUUUACAAUGAUGGCCUUGGAACAGUGGGUUAACUGCCUUGUUCAGAGGCAGAACAACAGAUUUUUACCUUGUCAGCUCGGGGAUUCGAUUUAGCAACCUUUUGGUUACUGACCCAAUGCUCUAACCACUAGGCUACCUUCCGCCCCUAACAUGUAUCAGAUAGAGAUGGUGUGAUGAUCACUUUUCACCACUAGUUUGGGGGGGGGGGUGUUUUACAACUUUAUUUGAUGAUACAAAUGAAUACGUGUGUUUAUUAAUUGUCUUUAAAACUAGAUUCGUUAUUUUAGUUACUGAUCAUGAAUGUGCUUGGAUAACUGCAUUGAAGCAAACUUUAUUGAUCUGCCAAUGAAAAAUAAAGUUACAUGAAUAUGUACUGGUCAACCUCUUCUUCUCUUUAGUAUUCAGUUCUUCAUAUUAGAUCUGACAGUAUGAAUGGUUCUUAUGGUUGUAUUCAGUUCUUCAUAUUAGAUCUGACAGUAUGAAUGGUUCUUAUGGUUGUAUUCAGUUCUUCAUAUUAGAUUUGACAGUAUGAAUGGUUCUCUGACGGACUCUGCUGUCCUUAGCAUCAGAAGGAAGCUAAGUGGAAGCUGGUGCCACCAGCACCAGAAGGAAGCUGGUGCCACCAUUGGGGUACCAGGACAGAGAAGUGCUUUGACUGGGCUGAGAGGGAGCAUGACCUCCUGUAGCAGUGGGACGGCCAUGAGACCAGAGGUGGCAGAACUGAGUGCUUGGGUUGGGAUACAAGGUUUGAGCCUGAAAGUAGAGAUGGGGCAGUUCCUCUUGCUGCACCGUAAUUAAGCACCAUUGUCUUGUAGUGGAUGUGAGCUUCGACUGGUAGCCAGUGGAAUGUACGGAGGAGCAGGGUGACAUGGGGGAUCUUGGGAAGGUUAAACACCCAGACGGACUGCAGUGUUCUACAUAAGUUCAGUGGAGACCCAUCAUUCAGGGCAGGUGAGCCACCUGUUUUGAGCACCACAGUUUUAGCAAUAAAACAGUGAGAAAAUAAAGUAUCUGUUUGCAAACAAUGUAAAAAAAACGUGUUAUUGACUUGUUAAUAAAGCCGCAUACAAACAUGG